AUGGCGGAGGUUACUCUCAUCGCUCACCUUCUCAACCAAACCCUCAGCCCAGACGCCGCCGCCGUUCGUGCCGCCACCGAUGAGCUCGACCGCCUAUCUCCGACUCCUCACUUCCCUUUCCAUCUCCUCUCAAUUUCCACUGGUGGAGAAAAUCAAGGUCAGAAAAUUGCUGCUGCAACUUAUCUGAAAAACCACACUCGCCGGAAUGUCGAUAGCAGCGGCGCCACGCCUUCCAAUGUGAGCAAGGAGUUCAAGGACCAGUUGAUGCAAGCUUUGCUUCAAGUUGAAUUUCCCGUUCUCAAGAUCUUAGUUGAAGUGUUCCGAGUUGUUGCUGCUGCAGAUUUUGUUAAGCAGAGUCUGUGGCCGGAUCUUGUGCCUAAUCUGCAGUCUGCUAUUCAGAAUAGUCAUCUUAUUAAUGACCCUUUCAGUAUUUUUUGA